AUGUCAUCAAACACUCACUCACCUUGUGCUGCGUGCAAGUUUCUACGGCGAAAAUGCACGCAAGAAUGCGUGUUCGCGCCCUAUUUCCCACCCGACCAGCCUCAGAAAUUCGCAAACGUCCACCGGGUUUAUGGCGCGAGCAACGUCGCCAAGAUCCUGAAUGAACUCAACGCAGCCCACCGCGAAGACGCGGUGACUUCACUGGCCUAUGAGGCAGAGGCCCGCCUCAGGGACCCAGUGUACGGCUGUGUGGGUUUCAUCUCAAUUCUCCAGGGCAAGCUCAAGCAAAUCCAGACUGAUCUCUACAAUGCCAAGAAGGACUUAUCUGCCUACAUUGGCCCUCAGGCAUUGAUGAUACCAGUUUUUCAUCCUUCCCAACAAACAGAUGUAAAUGCGUCUAUGCCCAUGUUGGGAAUUUCCAAUUGUCCUCCGCCCCAACAUGGUUGCAGCGGAGGACAGCUGAUGCAACAACAACAACAAUUGUUCGAGGCUCAUCAGCAAGAGCUUGUGAGGUAUAAUGUGAAUGGGAUGGAUGCGGCGGCAGCGAAUUCAGUUACUGGUAAUGGGUUUAAUCAGAUGCAUGCAGCUGCUGGUACUAAUGGUGUGGUGUCAGCUGGUUCUUUGGGUUUGGGUGGCGGCUUUGACAAUAACCUUUAUAACCACCAGAUUCAACCACAGCAAGCAGCUGCUGCUGCUGCACAUCAUCAGCAUUCUCUUGACUAUCAGCUUCAGGCUCAACUCAUGCUCCAGCCACACCAGGCCCAGCAAUCACAGCUGAAAUCGGAAGGGGAGGAGAGUUGA